AUGGAGCAAACAGUGCUUGUACCACCAGGACCUGACAGCUUCAGCUUCUUCACCAGAGAAUCUCUUGCAGCUAUUGAAAGACGCAUUGCAGAAGAAAAGGCUAAGAAUCCCAAACCAGACAAGAAAGAUGAUCACGAACAUGGCCCAAAGCCAAAUAGUGACUUGGAAGCUGGAAAGAACCUUCCUUUUAUUUAUGGAGACAUCCCUCCAGGGAUGGUGUCAGAGCCGCUGGAGGACCUGGACCCGUACUAUAUCAAUAAAAAAACUUUUAUAGUAUUGAAUAAAGGGAAGGCCAUCUUCCGGUUCAGUGCCACCUCUGCCCUGUACAUUUUAACUCCCUUCAAUCCUCUUAGGAAAAUAGCUAUUAAGAUUUUGGUACAUUCAUUAUUCAGCAUGCUAAUUAUGUGCACUAUUUUGACGAACUGUGUGUUUAUGACAAUGAGUAACCCUCCUGACUGGACAAAGAAUGUAGAGUACACUUUCACAGGAAUAUAUACUUUUGAAUCACUUAUAAAAAUUAUUGCAAGGGGCUUCUGUUUAGAAGAUUUUACCUUCCUUCGGGACCCAUGGAACUGGCUCGACUUCACUGUCAUUACAUUUGCAUAUGUGACAGAGUUUGUGGACCUGGGCAAUGUCUCCGCCUUGAGAACAUUCAGAGUUCUCCGAGCACUGAAAACAAUUUCAGUCAUUCCAGGCCUGAAGACCAUCGUAGGGGCCCUGAUCCAGUCUGUGAAGAAGCUCUCAGAUGUCAUGAUCCUGACUGUGUUCUGUCUGAGCGUGUUUGCACUGAUUGGGCUGCAGCUCUUUAUGGGCAACCUGCGGAAUAAAUGUGUACAAUGGCCUCCCACCAAUGCUUCCCUGGAGGAACAUAGUGUAGAGAAGAAUAUAACUGUGAAUUACAAUGGCACACUUGUAAAUGAAACUCUCAUUGAGUUUGACUGGAAGUCAUAUAUUCAAGAUUCAAGAUAUCAUUAUUUUCUGGAGGGUUUUUCAGAUGCACUACUGUGUGGCAAUAGCUCAGAUGCUGGCCAAUGUCCAGAAGGAUACAUGUGUGUGAAAGCUGGUAGAAAUCCCAAUUAUGGCUACACAAGCUUCGAUACCUUCAGUUGGGCUUUUUUGUCCCUGUUUCGACUGAUGACUCAGGACUUCUGGGAAAAUCUUUACCAACUGACAUUACGUGCUGCUGGAAAAACAUACAUGAUAUUUUUUGUGCUGGUCAUUUUCUUGGGCUCAUUCUAUCUAAUAAAUUUGAUCCUGGCUGUGGUAGCCAUGGCCUAUGAGGAACAGAAUCAGGCCACCUUAGAAGAGGCAGAACAGAAAGAGGCUGAAUUUCAGCAGAUGCUUGAACAGCUUAAAAAGCAACAGGAAGCAGCUCAGCAGGCAGCGGCUGUAACUGCCUCAGUGCAUUCCAGGGACCCUAGUGCAGCAGGCAGGCUCUCAGACAGCUCCUCUGAAGCCUCCAAGUUGAGUUCCAAGAGUGCAAAGGAAAGAAGAAAUCGGAGAAAGAAAAGAAAACAGAAAGAGCAGUCUGGUGGAGAAGAGAAAGAUGACGAUGAAUUCCAUAAAUCUGAAUCCGAAGACAGCAUCAGGAGGAAAGGGUUUCGCUUCUCCAUAGAGGGGAAUCGGUUGACGUACGAAAAGAGGUACUCCUCCCCACACCAGUCUUUGUUGAGCAUCCGUGGCUCCUUAUUUUCUCCAAGGCGAAAUAGCAGAACAAGCCUUUUCAGCUUCAGAGGGCGAGCAAAGGAUGUGGGAUCAGAGAAUGACUUUGCUGAUGACGAACACAGCACCUUCGAGGAUAAUGAAAGCCGCAGAGACUCCUUAUUUGUGCCCCGACGACAUGGAGAGCGACGCAACAGUAACCUGAGUCAGACCAGUAGGUCGUCCCGGAUGCUGGCCGUGUUUCCAGCCAAUGGGAAGAUGCACAGCACUGUGGAUUGCAAUGGUGUGGUUUCCUUGGUUGGUGGACCUUCAGUUCCUACAUCACCUGUUGGACAGCUUCUACCAGAGGUGAUAAUAGAUAAGCCAGCUACUGAUGACAAUGGAACAACCACUGAAACUGAAAUGAGAAAGAGAAGGUCAAGUUCUUUUCAUGUUUCCAUGGACUUUCUAGAAGAUCCUACUCAAAGGCAAAGAGCAAUGAGCAUAGCCAGCAUUUUAACAAAUACAGUAGAAGAACUUGAAGAAUCCAGGCAGAAAUGCCCACCCUGUUGGUAUAAAUUUUCCAACAUGUUCUUAAUCUGGGACUGUUCGCCAUAUUGGUUAAAAGUGAAACAUAUUGUCAACCUGGUUGUGAUGGACCCAUUUGUUGACCUGGCCAUCACCAUCUGUAUUGUCUUAAAUACUCUGUUCAUGGCCAUGGAGCACUAUCCCAUGACGGACCAUUUCAAUAAUGUGCUUACAGUAGGAAACUUGGUUUUCACUGGGAUCUUUACAGCAGAAAUGUUUCUGAAAAUUAUUGCCAUGGAUCCUUACUAUUAUUUCCAAGAAGGCUGGAAUAUCUUUGAUGGUUUUAUUGUAACGCUUAGCCUGGUAGAACUUGGCCUGGCCAACGUGGAAGGAUUAUCAGUUCUCCGUUCAUUCCGAUUGCUUCGAGUUUUCAAGUUGGCAAAAUCUUGGCCAACGUUAAAUAUGCUAAUAAAGAUCAUUGGCAAUUCAGUGGGGGCUCUGGGAAAUCUAACCUUGGUAUUGGCCAUCAUCGUCUUCAUUUUUGCUGUGGUCGGCAUGCAACUCUUUGGUAAAAGCUACAAAGAUUGUGUCUGCAAGAUUUCCAUUGAUUGUGAACUCCCACGCUGGCACAUGAAUGACUUCUUCCACUCCUUCCUGAUUGUGUUCCGAGUGCUGUGUGGAGAGUGGAUAGAGACCAUGUGGGACUGCAUGGAGGUCGCCGGUCAAGCCAUGUGCCUUACUGUCUUCAUGAUGGUCAUGGUCAUUGGAAACCUGGUGGUCCUGAACCUCUUUUUGGCCUUGCUCCUGAGCUCAUUUAGUGCAGACAACCUUGCAGCCACUGACGAUGAUAAUGAAAUGAACAAUCUCCAAAUUGCUGUGGAUAGGAUGCACAAGGGAAUAGCUUAUGUGAAGAGAAAAAUAUAUGAAUUUAUUCAACAGUCCUUCAUUAGAAAACAAAAGAUUUUAGAUGAAAUUAAACCACUUGAUGAUCUAAACAACAAGAAAGACAGCUGUAUGUCCAAUCAUACAACAGAAAUUGGGAAAGAUCUUGACUAUCUUAAAGAUGUAAAUGGAACCACAAGUGGAAUAGGAACUGGCAGCAGUGUUGAAAAAUACAUUAUCGAUGAAAGUGAUUACAUGUCGUUCAUAAACAAUCCCAGUCUUACUGUGACUGUACCGAUUGCUGUAGGAGAGUCUGACUUUGAAAAUUUAAACACAGAGGACUUUAGUAGUGAAUCAGAUCUGGAAGAAAGCAAAGAGAAACUUAAUGAAAGCAGUAGCUCAUCCGAAGGCAGCACUGUAGACAUUGGAACACCUGCCGAGGAACAGCCUGUAGUGGAACCUGAGGAAACCCUUGAACCUGAAGCCUGUUUCACUGAAGGCUGUGUACAAAGAUUCAAAUGUUGUCAAAUUAGCGUGGAGGAAGGGAGAGGAAAACAAUGGUGGAACCUGAGAAGAACGUGUUUCCGAAUAGUUGAACAUAACUGGUUUGAGACCUUCAUUGUUUUCAUGAUUCUCCUUAGUAGUGGUGCUCUGGCAUUUGAGGAUAUAUAUAUUGAUCAGCGAAAGACGAUCAAGACAAUGUUGGAAUAUGCUGAUAAGGUUUUCACUUACAUUUUCAUUCUGGAAAUGCUUCUAAAAUGGGUGGCAUAUGGCUAUCAGACAUAUUUCACCAAUGCCUGGUGUUGGCUAGACUUCUUAAUUGUUGAUGUUUCAUUGGUCAGUUUAACAGCAAAUGCCUUGGGUUACUCAGAACUUGGUGCCAUCAAAUCUCUCAGGACACUAAGAGCUCUGAGACCUCUAAGAGCCUUAUCACGUUUUGAAGGGAUGAGGGUGGUUGUGAAUGCCCUUUUAGGAGCAAUUCCAUCCAUCAUGAAUGUGCUUCUGGUUUGUCUUAUAUUCUGGCUAAUUUUCAGCAUCAUGGGCGUAAAUUUGUUUGCUGGCAAAUUCUACCACUGUGUUAACACCACAACUGGUGACAUGUUUGACAUCAGCGAAGUGAAUAAUCAUUCUGAUUGCCUAAUACUAAUAGAAAGAAAUGAGACUGCCCGAUGGAAAAAUGUGAAAGUAAACUUUGAUAAUGUAGGAUUUGGGUAUCUCUCUUUGCUUCAAGUUGCCACAUUUAAGGGAUGGAUGAAUAUAAUGUAUGCAGCAGUUGAUUCCAGAAAUGUGGAACUCCAGCCUAAGUAUGAGGAAAGUCUAUACAUGUAUCUUUACUUUGUUAUUUUCAUCAUCUUUGGGUCCUUCUUCACCUUGAACCUGUUUAUUGGUGUCAUCAUAGAUAAUUUCAACCAGCAAAAGAAGAAGUUUGGAGGUCAAGACAUCUUUAUGACAGAAGAACAGAAGAAAUACUAUAAUGCAAUGAAAAAAUUAGGAUCAAAAAAGCCUCAAAAGCCUAUACCUCGACCAAGGAACAAAUUUCAAGGAAUGGUCUUUGACUUCGUAACCAGACAAGUUUUUGACAUAAGCAUCAUGAUUCUCAUCUGUCUCAACAUGGUCACAAUGAUGGUGGAAACUGACGAUCAGAGUGAAUAUGUGACUAACAUUUUGUCACGUAUCAACCUGGUGUUCAUUGUGCUGUUCACUGGAGAAUGUGUGCUGAAGCUCGUCUCCCUCCGCCAUUAUUAUUUUACCAUAGGCUGGAAUAUUUUUGAUUUUGUGGUUGUCAUUCUCUCCAUUGUAGGUAUGUUUCUGGCUGAGCUGAUAGAGAAAUAUUUUGUGUCCCCUACCCUGUUCCGAGUGAUCCGUCUUGCCAGGAUUGGCCGAAUCCUGCGUCUGAUUAAAGGGGCCAAGGGGAUCCGCACGCUGCUCUUUGCUUUGAUGAUGUCCCUUCCUGCGUUGUUUAACAUCGGCCUCCUGCUCUUCCUGGUCAUGUUCAUCUACGCCAUCUUUGGAAUGUCCAACUUCGCCUAUGUUAAGAGGGAGGUUGGAAUUGAUGACAUGUUCAACUUUGAGACCUUUGGCAACAGCAUGAUCUGCCUGUUCCAGAUUACCACCUCUGGUGGCUGGGAUGGAUUGCUAGCACCUAUUCUCAACAGUAAACCACCCGAUUGUGACCCUAAUAAAGUUAACCCUGGCAGCUCAGUUAAGGGAGACUGUGGGAACCCAUCUGUGGGGAUCUUCUUUUUUGUCAGUUACAUCAUCAUAUCAUUUCUGGUCGUGGUGAACAUGUACAUUGCUGUCAUCCUGGAGAACUUCAGUGUUGCUACUGAAGAAAGUGCAGAGCCCCUGAGCGAGGAUGACUUUGAGAUGUUCUACGAGGUUUGGGAGAAGUUUGAUCCCAAUGCCACCCAGUUCAUGGAAUUUGAAAAACUCUCUCAGUUUGCAGCUGCUCUUGAACCUCCCCUCAAUUUGCCACAACCGAACAAAAUCCAGCUCAUUGCCAUGGAUCUGCCCAUGGUCAGUGGGGACCGGAUCCACUGUCUUGACAUCUUAUUUGCUUUUACGAAGCGGGUUCUGGGGGAGAGUGGAGAGAUGGAUGCUCUCCGAAUACAGAUGGAAGAGCGAUUCAUGGCUUCCAACCCAUCAAAGGUCUCCUAUCAGCCAAUAACUACGACUUUAAAACGAAAACAAGAGGAGGUGUCUGCUGUUAUUAUUCAGCGUGCGUACAGGCGCCACCUUUUAAAGCGAACUGUAAAGCAAGCCUCAUUUACAUAUAACAAAAAUAAAAUCAAAGGUGGGGCUAAUCUUCUUAUAAAAGAAGACAUGGUAAUUGACAGAAUACAUGAAAACUCAGUUACAGAAAAAACUGAUCUGACCAUGUCCACAGCAGCUUGUCCACCCUCCUACGAUCGGGUAACAAAGCCAAUCGUGGAAAAACACGAGCAAGAAGGCAAAGAUGAGAAAGCCAAAGGGAAAUAA